AACAGACUUCAAUUGACAUCCCAUACGUUUUCUUGUGUCGUGUCCGUCCUCCCUGGUGCUGCCAUCGCUCUCACCCUCUCCCCACCUCCUUUACUGUGCGCUCUUCGUCAUGGUCGUCAACGGGAGCUUCGUGUCGCCCACGGCGGAUGCCAAAGUGGCCCACCGCAUCGCCCAAUUGGACGCCAAUGGCAUUAUCUCGACGCUCCUCCACGGCGUCAACGGGUGGACCAUCGCCCUGACCUGCUUCCUGAUGCUCGUAGCCUACGAUCAAUUCAAAUACAUCUACAACAAGGGGUCCAUCGUAGGCCCGGCCUGGAAAGCUCCCUUCACUGGCCCCUUCCUGGAUUCGGUCAAUCCGCAGUUUACCAAGUACUAUGCUAAAUGGAUCUCGGCCCCUUUGAGCUGUGUCUCCGUCUUCCACAAGUUUGUCGUCAUUGCCUCGACCCGCGACAUGGCCCGCAAAGUCUUCAACUCGCCCGGCUUUGUCAAGCCCUGCGUCGUCGAUGCCGCCUUCAAGCUCCUGCGCCCUAACAACUGGGUCUUCCUCGACGGCAAAGCCCAUGUUGACUAUCGCAAGGGUCUGAACGGCCUGUUCACUCGGCAAGCCCUUGAGCAGUAUCUCCCCGGCCAAGAAGAAGUCUACAACGCCUACUUCAAGAAGUUCCUGCGCAUCUCCCAGGAGGAGAACAAGGGCAAGGCUGUCCCGUUCAUGCCCGAGUUCCGCGAACUGAUGUGCGCCGUGAGCUGCCGAACCUUUGUGGGCCACUACAUCUCGGACCAUGCCAUCAAGAAAAUUUCGGAUGACUUCUACCUCGUCACUGCCGCGCUCGAACUGGUCAACUUUCCCAUUAUUCUUCCCUACUCCAAGAGCUGGUAUGGCAAGAAGGCCGCCGACAUGAUUUUGGAAGAAUUCGCCAAGUGUGCUGCAAAGAGCAAGGUUCGUAUGGCUGCUGGAGGCGAGAAGGACUGCAUUCUUGACUUCUGGGUCUCGUCCAUGAUCGAAUCUGAGAAGUAUCGCAACAAGAUUGCUUCAGGCGUGAAAGUCGACGACAGUGAGAAGCCGUCUAUGCUCAUUCGUGACUUUACCGAUUUCGAGAUUUCCAUGACGUUGCUCACAUUCCUUUUCGCCAGCCAAGACGCCACUUCUUCUGCUGCUACGUGGUUAUUCCAGAUCAUGGCCGACCGACCCGAGUUCUUGGACCGUGUGCGCGAGGAGAACUUGGCAAUUAGAAACGGGGACAGGCAUGCACCAGUGACGCUGGAUCAGCUCGAGAAGCUGCCCUGGACGCGCGCCAUUGUCAAAGAGGUCCUACGAUACCGCCCACCCGUGAUCAUGGUCCCCUACAUCGCUAAGAAGGACUUCCCCAUUACCGACACCUAUACUGCCCCGAAGGGCUCCAUGGUUAUCCCCACUACGUAUCUUGCGCUCCACGAUAGCGAAGCCUACCCGAAUCCCGAGACGUACGAUCCUGAGCGAUGGAUCACAGGCGAUGCUGACAAGCAGGUCAAGAACUGGCUUGUGUUUGGUACCGGACCUCACUAUUGCCUUGGCCAGACGUAUGCUCAACUGAACCUCAUGCUGAUGAUGGGAAAGGCUAGCAUGCUGCUGGACUGGAAGCACCAAAUCACAGACAAGAGUGAGGAGAUUAAGGUGUUUGCUACGAUUUUUCCCAUGGAUGACUGCCUUUUGACCUUCUCCGAGAGGCCCUCCUGAGUCAGAAAACAAGCGAUUUCCCAUUGCUAUGUGCGUUGUGCAUCAGCAGGGCAUGCUUUCUCUUCUUUUUGCAUGGGAAUCCGUAGCGACGGAGUUUGCUUCAAUUCUUCUUGGACGGCCCGGUACCCUAGUCAGGUCCACCGCAUUCUUGACUUCUUAUACCUAAUGAAUUUUGCCAAGUUUUGGUCCUCAAAAGCGAUCAGGCGGCUUAUGAUGUAGUGAGGAUUAGGGGCUAUGGAUACCUGUGUGGUUUAGCAUAAUAGUGCCUGGUGAUAGUGGAGAGGCAAGGCAUGGUGUACAUAGAUAGAUGGUUUGGAUGAGCCUUUAAAAGAGAGAGAUAGUAAUGGUAGUUCUGGAAUGAAG